CAACGUUAUAUACGAGUAUAACACAUCAAAACAUUAGGCCGAACAAUUCGAUCCGACUCCGAGAUCAAAACUAUCGUCUCGUUAUUGUCAAGUUGCAAGGUACGAAGCUAGUGAUGGAAUACGGAGUGUUUAUGAGGGAUUUUCUGAACAAGUGUGGUGGCUACGCCGUCAUAGACGGUGGAUUUGCGACUGAACUAGAACGCCAUGGAGUAAACCUCAACGACCCACUUUGGAGUGCCAAAUGCCUAUUUACUUCCCCACACCUCGUCCGAAGGGUUCACCUUGAUUACCUGGAUGCAGGAGCAAACAUAAUAUUGACGUCAUCUUAUCAGGCCACAAUUCAAGGUUUUGAAGCUAAAGGGUUCUCCAAAGAAGAAGGCGCAACUCUGCUUCGAAGAAGUGUCGAGCUUGCACGUGAAGCACGUGAUAUUUAUUAUGAUAAAUGCUCUAAAGAUUCUUUUGACAUAAUGAGAGAUGAAAGAUAUAGAAGACGCCCCAUUUUAAUUGCAGCUUCUGUUGGAAGUUAUGGCGCAUAUUUAGCUGAUGGCUCUGAAUAUACAGGGGACUAUGGUGAUUCAGUCACUGUUCAAACACUCAAAGAUUUUCACAGGGAAAGGGUAAAGAUUCUUGUUGAUGCAGGUGCUGACUUAAUUGCCUUUGAAACAAUUCCAAACAAGCUGGAUGCACAGGCUUAUGCUGAACUUAUGGAGGAAGAAGGAAUAGAAAUUCCUGCAUGGUUUUCUUUUUCUUGCAAGGAUGAAAACAAUGUGGCUAGUGGUGAUUCUAUCUUAGACUGUGCUUCAAUAGCUGAUUCAUGUCCACAAGUAGUUGCUGUUGGAGUCAAUUGUACUGCUCCUAGAUUUAUUCAUGGCUUGAUUUCGUCUAUAAAAAAGGCAACAGGUAAACCAAUACUUGUAUAUCCCAACAGUGGAGAAACUUAUAAUGCUGACACCAACCAAUGGGUGAAAUCAAGUGUUGAAGCAGAGGAAGACUUUGUCCCUUACAUAGGGAAGUGGGGUUAUGCUGGUGCUUCUCUUUUUGGUGGCUGCUGCAGGACCACUCCCAAAACUAUUAAAGGCAUAGCUGAGGCAAUAUAUGAAAAAGCUCAUGGCAAAUAUAUAUAACUGUUGAUGUUGAAGUAUGUUUAUGCAUAUGUAAUGGAACAAAUGACAAUAAUGUAAAGGAAAUGGUUAAGCUUUAUGUCUUGUCUUGGGUAUACCACUUUCUUAUAUGACAUGCACUCACUUUACGUUUGUGCCAA